AUGCUUUCCAGCGCUUUGAGGGUGCUUGCAACCGCUCUCCUUCUACACUCCCCUGUAGGUACGUCAAGCCCCGUCAGCGUCAUCUCAGAACGGGCAUCGGGAUAUGAGAACUCUGCAUAUUUUGUCAACUGGGGCAUUUACGGCCGAGCCUAUAAACCCCAGCAACUGCCGGCCAACCAGCUAUCACACGUGCUGUACGCAUUCGCUAACAUACAACAGGACGGUACCGUCUAUGCAUCAGAUGCGUGGGCUGAUUAUCAGAUCCACUGGGACGGAGAUUCUUGGAAUGAUGUGGGCAACAACGCCUACGGUUGCGUUAAGCAGCUAUAUCUGCUGAAGAAGCAAAACCGCAACUUGAAAACACUGCUGAGCAUCGGUGGCUGGACUUACAGCACCAAUUUCCCUGCCGCCGCCAGCACUGAUGCCACUCGUGCCAAAUUCGCUUCCACGGCCGUAACCCUCCUCAAGGACUGGGGGUUCGAUGGGAUUGAUAUCGAUUGGGAGUACCCCGCGGAUGCGACGCAGGCUGCCAACUUUGUCGCACUUCUGAAGGCAGUACGGUCAGCUCUAGACACCUAUGCCAACCAGUACGCUCCGGGAUACCACUUCCUCUUGACCAUCGCAGCGCCCGCCGGACCAGACAACUAUAACAAGCUGCAGUUGGCCAACAUGGCCAGCGUGCUUGACUACUUCAACCUCAUGGCCUAUGACUACGCCGGAUCCUGGGACUCAACCUCUGGUCACCAGGCCAAUCUGUACGUAGACAGCAGCAACCCAACUGCGACGAAGUUCUCGACGGAUGCCGCCAUUAAGGCGUACACGGCAGCGGGUGUGCCAGCGAGCAAGAUCAUCCUGGGGAUGCCCAUUUAUGGACGUGCUUUUGAAAACACGGCCGGCCCGGGGCAGUCAUACUCGGGUGUUGGAUCUGGUUCGUGGGAGAACGGCAUCUGGGACUACAAGGUGCUGCCCAAAGCUGGCGCCACGGUGGUCAACAACAAUGCCAUCGGCGCAAGCUACUCGUAUGACAGCGGGUCCAAGGAGUUCAUCAGCUACGAUACGCCCGACAUGGUGCGCACCAAGGUGUCAUACAUCCAGUCCAAUGGCCUCGGUGGUAGCAUGUUCUGGGAGGCCAGCGCCGACAAGACAGAUAGCAGCAGCCUGAUCGGGACCAGCUACUCAAGCUUGGGCGGCCUGAAGAGCUCGAAUAACCUGCUGAGCUAUCCGAACAGUGUGUACGAUAACAUCCGGGCGAAUCUGUCAUGA